CUCCCAAAGUGUCGCCUGGCAGGAAACGGCCAUCCUCGCCCCCUUUCUGGCACCGCUCGGUGGCCGGCCGCCAAGGCGCUGACCUUCUCCACCUCCACGCCUUAACCUGUGGCUGGCCGGGGGCCAGAGGGAGACGUGCUCCGUCUUGCACGGACCUCCUCGGAGCCCUGGAGCGACCUGGAGAGAAAGCCCCCUUGACUUCCGCCUGCGAAGGGAAAUUGCCCAUGUCUCCCGGGGCCGGUCCAGUGACAUUCUUCUCUUCAGAGAAGCAAGGGUGCCUGGCGAGGGGGGGGGGAGGAAAAGGCCAUCUGAGACCCAGAGCAAAGAGAGCAGGCGGAUGAAACAUUAACCGUGCCUCGUGCGCCUGGUGUCGCAGCUUGGGAAGUGCUGGCUGGGGUCUGCAGGAGGAGAUCAGGGGGUCUCGUGCCCCCGAGCAAGCCUUGGGAAGAAAUUUUGCAUUGGGCGAGGCACCAGCCGGCUCUGCUCGCCCGGGGAGGACACGGCGGUGGCUCCCUGGUGCUUCCUGUCCUUCCUCUGCUCUGGGAGCUCCCGGGAAAGGAGAAACCUCAGACUGCCGGGGGGCUGUUGGGACCCCCAGGGGGACGCAGGAGCGCGGGGCAAAGUUCUGGAGAAGGUCCUCCCGCAAAGUGGAGGCCUGGCUGGGAGACGGAGCCUUUAAAACUCACCUGGCUGUGUGGAUUGGGGCCCCUGCCUGAGCCUCUGCUGCUGGGGAAGCCAGCGGGUCGGGGAGCAACUCGGAGAAGGAAGGAGAGGAAGGGGGAUUGAUCCGUCCCCUCCGUUGCUGGAGAGGAACCGCGGGUCAGCCCAGCCAGCGGCCUCCGACGGCCAUCGAUGGAGAGCUGCGGAGCAGGAGGGGUCCGACAGUUGCUGGGACCAUGAAGCUUUGGCUAUGGGGAAACCUGGGCUGAUCCUUUUCCUGUUAGUGUGGGGAUUCUUGGACCCAGCCCUGCCUGCCCCCGCCCGGCCCGUGUGUGACCAAAGCGUCAUGAACAAGUUCAUCCAGGACGCCAGCAAGAUGGAAAAUGAAAUCGUGGCACUUUGUGAAGAUUCCUGCAACUUGCCGGAACACGUGACAGUGAUGGACACGAGGGUGAAUUUUCCCGAUUGGAGAGCAAUGAAUAGAUCCAGGCAGGCCUCGGAAGUGUGGUGGGGCCAGGCCCUUCUUUCCGUGGCCGUCGGCCAAGUCAAGACCCAGCAGCCGAGGAUGCGGCCCUUCCUGCGCCAGCUGGAGGUGAUGGAGAGUGGCCUGCGAAGCAUCCGGGAGAUCCUGCGCAGGCACAACGCCCAGGCAGAUCCCCAGGAUGAGACAUCCACCCGGACUUUGAGUGUGCAAACUGUCAAAAAACUGUUCAGCGUGUACUCGAGUUUCCUCCGUGGCAGGGUCAAUUUAUUCAUUGCCAGUGCGUGCCAGGGGAACGGCAGGUGACAGGGGGCGGGCUGCUCCCAGGCCACUCUGCGUGCCUCCCCCACGGCGGAGGGAAUGCCCCUCAGAGGCCAGUUGAUGAGUGCCCGCUUGCUUUAUCGGCUGCUUGAAAGACACACACGCACACACACCCAGCACACGGCUCGGUCUGUGCAGAUGGCAAUUCUCUGUUCCACGCUAGUCCCGCUCUUGCUGGAUUGGGCAGCCAAGAAGCCACUGAAAGUCACUUCUGCACACUUCUAGGUGUCACCUGACCCUGGGUCACAACGCCCCAUCUUGGCCAGCCCUGCGCCGUGCAGGAGCAGAGGGGCCGGGCCAGCCUCGGAGGGCACUUCUUCUCCAGGGAGACGGUGGUGAGGGGAGGCUGCUCUGCUCCAGGGGGCCAGGCCAAGAAGGAAGGAGUGGGGGGCUCUCUCCCCAAAAGCCCACUUUUGCCAGCAGCGUCCAAGUAAAGAGGAAGAAGCCGGUGCCGAGAUAUUGGAUUUCCCCAAAGCAGUUGCCCCGUGGGCGGCGUCAGCGGAUGGGCUACGGAUGUGCUUGUGUUGACCCUCAAAAUCUGCACCCCCCCAGUCAGCGGCUCAAGCAGCUGAGAUUCCUCCCCGACGUCGGAGAUGCUCACAGAUGUGAGUGAGGAUCCAGGGCCAAUUUCUGAGAAUUCCCAACUUCCCCAAAUGGAAAAAAAGAAUUGGCUGGGGAAACGUUUGGUUCGGGGAGGGGCCCCGCUUGUUACCUAGAUCUGCACAAAGUUAGGGGAAGCUACGGGGGCGUUUUCGCCUUCCUUUGAAAGUGGGUGUGUGUCUGGGAGCGGGGCAUCUUCUGCCAGCGGAAGGGUGGAAGCCACCCUUUCAAGCCAAACUCCUUGCACACUUUCACACGUGGAGGCAGCCUUGACCUGUGUGGGACCUACUAAUGUGUAAGCAUGUGCCCGGUGAGGAGAACUGAACGGGCCAGCUGGGAAUCAAGGUCACGGGAGACGUGGCAUUACAGCCACGCCUGGCAGAUGUCGGUCAAAUCACGGCUGACUUGGGAAACUCAGCAUCGAAGGGUUUUAACUUAAAAUCCUGUGUUUUAAAUGUUGAACGUUUAUUGUCAGAAUGCUUCUUGAACCAGUGUGAGAUAAAUGCAUUUCAAAAAGAUGUAACCCCCUCUCCUUUCUACCUGCAAGAUGUGAAAAAGGGGACACCCAAAUGAGUGAUUGACAGCUGCCAGGCGGUGCAUCGAGUUGGCUGACUCUGGCGUGGUGAACUUAAAGAGCCUCCCGUGUCAGAUUUGCUGUAUACAAGUGUAUAGUUUUGCUCUAAGGGACUUCUCGAGAGUUUAUAUUUGAUGCUAAGUUAAACGUGUACAGUUUUCUGGAUAUUUAUCAUGUGUACUUCAAGAGAGCAGCUGGUUUGUAAAGUGCUUCCUGGAAAGGAUUCCUUACGGAUGGGACGGGGGGCGUCUGGUGGAUCUCGGUUAUCUUGAUUAAAGGUUGCUGUGCUUUCCUG